GUGGGGCCAGGUGCUGAAGACAAGCAGCGUGUGUCUGAUGUGAAGGGGACGCAAAGAGAGCGGUGGCCUGGUCAGAGCCACGGGCGAGGAGGAGGAUCUUCGCAGCAGCAUUGUGAAAGGAGCGGAGCGAGGCAAGAUCGCAUGUGUCAAGGCCAGAGAGAAGGAUGGCGCAGCGGGCGAGAUGAUGAGAGGCUGGACGAGGGGUUCGGCUGCAUGGAUGGAUGAGAAAGGCCAGAUCUCAGAGGUGUGAAGGGCGCCCGUCCCUCCCGGAGACCAUGACUCUGCCCUGUGAUCUGCUCAUUCUGCUGCUGCUGCUGGAGGGGGCGGCCGACGCCGUGUUCCCCGAAGAGCCCGGGCCCAUUAGCGUGGCCCCCGGAGACUAUGUGAAGCACUACUCGGUGUUCGUGGGCAGCGGGCUGAGCCAUUUCUCCAGCCUGGACGGCAGUGGGGCGGAGCGACUCAACAUCCAGCGCAUGUUGAAGGUCAACCGGACUCUGUACAUCGGCGACAGGGAUAACCUGUACCGGGUGAGCCUGGAGCCUGCCACAGCCAGCGAGAUGCGCUACCAGCGGAAAUUGACGUGGGGGUCGAACCCACACGACAUCAGCAUCUGCCGGAUGAAGGGGAAGCAUGAGGCAGAGUGCCGGAACUUCGUCAAGGUGCUGCUGGUGACGAACGAGAGCACGCUCUUCGUGUGUGGGACCAACGCCUUCAACCCCAUCUGCGCCAACUACAGCAUGGACACCUUGGAGCCCAUUGGAGACAGCAUCAGCGGCAUGGCCCGGUGCCCCUACGACCCCAAACAUGCCAAUGUCGCCCUCUUCACGGGUCAGUACCGCCCGGCCUGCUCCCUGCUCUUGGGCGGGUGGGGGGCAGAGGGGGGCUGCCCGCAGUGA